AAUUAGGUUAUUCACAUGAAAUUUUCACCAGACUUUGGUAAAAAUUUGGAACAAAAGUUGGCGCGUUCAACACUUAUUUCCCUCACUGUAUAGUAUGUACUUGUGUACAUUGUAGCACCUUGCUGUCAUGCAAGAAAAAAGAAAAUCAUCCCCAACAUCUUGUUAUAACGUGAUCUUUAAAAUACAGUCUCCCGAAAAAGGGACAUUUCUUUUCUUUUUUUUUUUGCUGAGUUCAUAAUCCAGAACACUCUAUAUGCAUUCAUAUUGUCAUAUGUUUAAAUCUUGUAAUGUGAAAUUGGGCUUCAACAACAAAGUGUUUGCUUUCCUAUAUCUUUUAAUAUUGUACAGUGCAUGACAAUAUGACCGAUCAUUUAUCUCUAAAUCUCAGUCAUAUAGGGACAUAUUAACCUUCUCGUGGGAGACGUCGCUCUGACAAUAAAGCCAUUAUGGUCCAGAUUAGAGUGAUCAUAAUCAUUUCCACUUUUUAUUUGUGGUCCGGCUGGUUUUAGAGAAUGUAACAUGCCAAUCAGAUUAUGUGAUAUUGUAGGUUUUGCACAGGGGAGAGCUCUGUUGCUCAAAGUGACUCGAUUAGCUUUGCAUUAUGAAAGAUAUCACUGCAAUGAAGCCAUUAUACUGGAACAGUCAGGAGACAAGGAGACAAGCUGUUUUCCUGAAAGGGAUGUAAUUUGAUUCUCAAUUGGGGCAGUAAAGCACUUACCUACCUGUUGAAAAUGCCUUUUCCUCUGCCUUUAGAGAUAGCAGGCAGUAUAAACAUGUUUAGCUGAGGGGGACUCUGGGAGCAGGGUGGAGUUUGAAGGGGAGGUGGACUAGAUGAAACAGCCCAGAAGGAUGGAGAAUGCCACUAUAUAAAUAGAGCACAAGUUACAGGACAUUUCAUAGACCAGCUUCCAGCCUUGAAGUUCGUGAAGAAGCAGAGAACAAGAAGGGAAGAAGGACGAACGUGCAGGAGCCAUUAUGAGAGCAAGUUAUCGACUUCCUCUGGUGCCCUUGUUGCUGCUGUGGGCUGUUUGCAGCGUGGUGCAGGUGCAGGCAGAGGUCAAUUCGGUCAAGCUCUGUGGCCGCGAGUUCAUCCGGGCCGUGGUCUACACCUGUGGAGGCUCCAGGUGGAGAAGGCUGCUUACACCAGAAAACGAUGUGUUUUCUCUUGCAGAGCAGAGCAAUGCUGAGGAGCUGAGUGAGAGCACAGGGUCCGACUUGUCAACACGAGACCUGAACCCCAUGAUGACCAACAUGUGCUGUCAGGUGGGCUGCCGAAAGAGUGACCUGUCUCUUCUGUGCUGAGGACCAGACACACUCUCGUAACAAGUUCACAAGCUCUACAGUGUGUGCGUGUGUGUGUGUGUGAGAGAGAGAGCGUUAUCUUCUGGGCAUUAUUUAAGAUGUUUUUCUGUUCAUGGUACCAGACAUAAUUGGUGAAACAGUAGGACAUAAAAAACAAGCAUUACGUGUCCUGAUUUGUUCAAAUGCUGUGCGUUCAAUACGAUAGGAGUGCUUGGUUUGUAGAAAAAAUAUAACACGACAGGUUUUGUGUUCAAUUCAGUGGCAAGUGUCUACAAGAGUGUUGAAGAACCAUAAAGUUUGAUUGUAAUGUAUAUGUUGAAUUUCUUUGUCUAAUAAAUGUUACUGCAUAAUUA